UUUAAUUAACCCCUUCCUCGUUUCCUCGCAUCCCAACCCAAACCCACCACACCGCCUCUCUCCCUUUCCCCCCCUCUCGGUCUCUGUCUCUCUCAUGGCCCCUGACGAAGAUCCCAAGCUCCCCUCCUUCCCCCCCUACCCCGAGAUGAUUUUGACGGCGAUCUCGGCGCUGGACGAGAAGAGCGGGUCGAGCAAGUCGGCGAUAUCGAAGCACAUCGAGGCGGCGCACGGGGGGCAGCUGCCGCCGUCGCACGCGUCGCUGCUGGCGGGGCACCUUGCCCGCAUGACGGAGGCCGGCGAGCUCGUCUUCGGCAACAACUGCUACCUCCGCGCCGGCCCCGACGCCCCGCCACCCCCCAAGCGCGGCCGCGGCCGUCCCCCCAAGCCAAAGCUCCCCCUCUCCCCCGCAGGUCCCCGCCGCCCCCGCGGCCGACCCCCGAAGCCCGUCGACCCCUCCGCCCCCGUAAAGGUCGCCCGCCCCCGCGGUCGCCCCCCCAAGAAUCCUGGAGGCGCCUCGGCCGCCGCCGGCACCAAGAGGCCCCGCGGCCGGCCGCCCAAGGUAAGGCCCCAGUUUGCCGAAGUCGGGUUUGUAUGAGGCUUUCUGGGAGGGUGAUCGAGGGGGAAAUGGUACCAAGUUUGGAACUUUUGGUGUUUUACUUGGGAGAAAAAGGUAAAUUGGCGGCAGACAUGGGAGUGUUUGUGCUUGAAGGGUCCUCGGAGGGAUGGUUGGGUUUGUGAUUUGCAUGUAUGUGAAGCAAAGAUGAUGUUCUGAUUGAAAAUUGGUAAUUAGUGUUCUGAGUUCUGAGUCUUCUGACCUUUACCUUCCUUGUAAGGAGUCUGUUUUCUAUCUAUGAUCUUUUCUUUCUUAAUUAAGAUGAUUACUUGCUCCAAUUGUAGCUACCGUACUGAUGAAUUCUGUUUAUGUUGGAGCUAAAGAUGCUAAUUUAAAAUGAUGUCUGUGAGGCAUGAUGUUUCUUAGAAAAAAAAAAAAUUGCCUGCAUUCUUAUAUG